AUGAUUUCCAAUAACAGGGCAUCGUUUUUUAAGGGUAUGCUGCUCGGAAGCAUUUCCUAUGUUUUGAUAACGGUGUUUGGCAAAAUUAACUUUGGACAGUUAGGUAAAGUUCAAAAGCAUGAGCACCAUCACCUUCGCGCACCUGCUAGAGAAGAUUUUUUUAAAAUGUCACCAGUACAACGCAUGAUGAUUAGCAAAAGUCUCCGUGUUUACUGUAUUGUACUGGAAGAACCCAUGUAUGAGAGUUAUUAUACUACGUUGAAAGAUACCUGGACCAAACACUGUGACAGUGCUGGGUUCUACGGUACUAAAAAUGAUGGUUUGUUAAAUAUAGAAACAGAUGACAUCUGGCUGCGGAUGAAGGAAACAUACAAAUAUGUCUUUGAAAAUUACGGCUAUAACUACAGUUGGUUCUUUCUUGUACGUCCCACUACGUUUGCUGUCAUCGAAAACUUAAAGUAUUUUUUGUUUCUUAAGAACGCAACACAGCCUUUCUAUCUGGGCCACACUGUAAAAUCUGGAGACCUAGAAUAUGUAGCAAUGGAAGGAGGCAUUGUUUUAAGUAUGGAGUCGAUGAAAAGACUUAACAGAGUUCUCAGCUCUGAUAUCUGUUAUGACCAAAGUAUGAUUUGGAAGUUAUCUGGAGAUAUGCAGCUGGCCAUCUGUUUGAAAUAUGCAGGAGUUCUUGCAGAAAAUGCAGAGGAUUCUGAAGGAAGAGAUAUAUUUAAUACAGAAACAAUUGGGUAUCUUAUUAAUGAAGCAAUAUCUAAUAAUCCUGGGCAUGUAGUAGAAAGCUGCUGUUCAGAUAUGGCUAUCACUUUUAGUGGACUGAUUCCUCAAAAGAUGGAAGUAAUGAUGUAUGGAGUAUAUCGGCUUAGGGCAUUUGGACAUCAUUUCAAUGACACGCUGAUUUUCUUACCCCCACGUGGUUCAGAAAAUGACUGA